CUCCUACCUGUUUAUAUAUUAAUGGCUGACCAGAUGUCGUAUGUGGACGUACGGCCCACUUUCCUGUCUCUCCCCUCUCCUCCUCUCCGGUUGCCCGGGUUUCUUGUCCGUGUACUACUUCUGUUCCCUCUCCUUCUCCUUCACUCGGUCCAGUCUCUCCCUGCUCUCUUGUAGUCAUGACUGCUGCGCACAGUGCUACUAACGGCCAUUCCAAUGGCACCGCAAACGCUCAUGCCAGACAACGGACGCCUCUGCGGCCGGGAAUCUACUCCCCCACCAUGACCUUCUUCGACCCGGAGACCGAGGACAUCGACAUCCCUACCAUCAAGAAACACGCCGUGCGGCUUGCUGAGGCGGGACUCGUGGGUCUAGUGACCAUGGGCUCCAACGGAGAAGCAGUCCAUCUGUCCCGGGCCGAGAAGGCGGCCAUCACGCGAGCAACCCGAGAAGCCCUGGACGAAGCAGGCUACCAAAACGUACCCGUCAUUGUAGGAGCCUCGGAGCACGGCAUACGCCUGACUAUUGAGCUGUGCAAGGAAGCUGCCGCGGCGGGAGGAGAAUACGUGCUGCUGGUGCCGCCGAGCUACUACCGCUAUGCCAUGGACGAGGAAGCCAUCUACGAAUACUUCACAAAGGUGGCCGACGGAUCACCGCUGCCCGUCAUCCUGUACAACUACCCCGGAGCCGUGGCUGGCAUAGACAUGGACAGCGACCUCAUCAUCAAACUCGCCAAGCAUCCCAACAUCGUGGGCACAAAAUUCACCUGCGGCAACACGGGCAAGCUCACGCGCGUCGCCCUGGCCACGAACGCGACCACCACCAAGAGCGCCGGAAGCGGAUACAUGGCCUUUGGCGGCAUGGCGGACUUCACGGCGCAGACGGCGGCGAGCGGCGGCUCGGGCAUCAUCGCGGGAGGCGCAAACGUGAUCCCCAAGACGUGCGUCAAGGUGUGGAACCUCUGGGCCGAGGGCAAAUACGACGAGGCGCUGGCGCUGCAGAAGGUGCUCAGCAAGGGCGACUGGGUGCUGACCAAGGCGGCCAUUCCCGGCACCAAGUCGGCCAUCCAGUCGUACUUUGGCUACGGCGGGUAUCCGCGCCGUCCGCUCAAGCGGCUCAGCCAGGAACAGGCGGAUGCGGUGGCCGAGGGGAUCCGCGAGGUCAUGGAGGUGGAGAAGAGCUUAUAGCUAUGUCUUGUCGCGUCGUUUCAUGCCAUGUCGGUUUCGCGUCGCAUUUUUCCCUGGUACAAAUGUUUCGUGGUUCAUGAAAGGCAUUUGUAUGCAUUUCCAAAAUUCCCUUGUACUCUUGGGGCUUAUUGCGUCUAGCGGUGUUGUUGCACUAAGCCAGCAAACUACCUAGGUACCCAGUCGCCCGUGCACAUGGCGUGGCGUGUAUGUGACUGUGUAUGGGAGGGAGUGAAGUCCCACAGAUAGCCCGCAUACGCGAUAUUCCACAUACUCUUUCGUCACCGUAAUCGAA